UACUAGCAUGUUGUUACCAUGAUUAACAAGAGACUAGCAUGUUGUUAGCAUGAUUAGCAUGUUGCUAGCAUGUAGCUAGCAUAAGUAGCAAGUGACUAGCAUGCUGUUAACAUGACUAGCAUGUCUCUCCUCAAGAAAUGCCACAUGCAGUCCCGACUGAGCUUUGCCAAAACGCACCUUGAAGAUUCUGAGGCUACAUGGAAAAAGAUUUUAUGGACAGAUGAGGCUAAAAUUUAAUUAUUUGACCUCAACACCAAACAAUAUGUCUGGUGGAAAUCAAAAACAGCUCACCAUCCAGAUAACACAGUAAAGCAUGGAGGUGGUAGGAGCAGGCGGAACUGGAUCCCAACGGGGGGAGCAGGGGGCACUGGAGUCCACCAGUGCGGAGCAGGCGGAACUGGAGCCCACCAGUGCAGAGCGGAUGGAACUGGAGCCCACCAGGCCAAAGCAGACAGAGCAGGAACCCACCAGGUUGGACCAGACAGGACAGAAGCCAACCAGGGCGGAGCAGAUGGGGCCGGGACCCAUGGCAGAGACUGGGACCUAGAGAAAGCAGAGACAGACAGCACAGGCAGUGCAUUCAUGGUCUCAGGGACCAAGGCAGGGAACAUAGAGGUCACAGACGGCUUUCAUGGCCAUGACAGGGCAGGACGAAGUUUCACAGACGGCCUCCGUAGCCGUGACAGGACAGGCAGUGAGUUCAUGGACGACCUCCAUAGCCAUGACAGGACAGGACGAGAGUUCAUGGACGGCCUCCAUAGCCGUAACAGGACAGGACGAGAGUUCAUGGACGUCCUUCAUAGCCGUGACAGGACAGGACAAGAGUUCACAGAUGGCCUCCAUAGCUUUCACAGGACAGGACAAAGUUUCACAGCUGGAUACUACUGACACCUCUGGAGGUUCUGCAGCGGAUGCUGCCACCUCUGGAGGUUCUACAACAGUACCCUCAGUGCAUAGGGAGAGCUCAGUAAUGGUCUCUCUGAUCGUGACAUGACAGACUGAGAGUGUAUUGCUGGGCACCACCACCGCGCAAGGAGCUGAAGCGAGGGCCGCUGCCUCGGGAGGUUCUGCAGCAUUGGCCACCACCUUUGGGCGCCAACAUCUCUAAAGUUUCAGUGGUGGUGUAUGCAGCCCAAACACACCAUACAGCAAUCCCCCACAUGGGAAGUGCUGCAGGCAAGGGAAUUAGUUCCUGAACAGGAGGGGUUGAGCGCGCUGGUUUAGGGAUACCAGCUGCAUGUGCUGACACCAGCACUGAAUGCUCCACGCUGGAUGCCAGUCUGGAAGACUGAAGAGCUGACCUCAAGGCUCUGGGUGCAACAGAUAGGGAGUGAUAAAAUUCAGGAUGAACAGAUGAGACACAGUGAUCAGCUGUCACAUGAUGACUCUCUAGAAGAUCAGCUGAGAUGUGACGAGGCUCUGGAAGAUAGGCUGAGAUGUGACGAGGCUCUGGACAAUCAGCUGAGAUGUGACGAGUCUCUGGAUGAUCGGCUGAGAUGUGACGAGUCUCUGGAUGAUCGGCUGAGACGUGACAAGGCUCUGGACAAUCAGACCUGUCAUGCCUGUCACCCUCAACAUGAACAUGGCAAUGCCUUCCUGGUUUGACAUAGUUAGUCUUCAUCCUCAUGCAGAGGAAGAUGAAACUGGAAUAAAAAGAGCUGCUGAAAGCAUCAAAGCACUGAUUGAUCAAGAAGUUAAGAAUGGUAUUCCAUCUCAUAGAAUUGUGUUGGGAGGGUUCUCUCAGGGUGGAGCCCUGUCUCUCUACACUGCUUUGACAACUCAUCAGAAGCUGGCUGGUGUUUUUGCUCUCAGCUGCUGGUUGCCCCUCAGGAACUCCCUGUCACAGUCAAUGAUAAGCAGAAAUAAGGACAUAUCAGUGCUGCAGUGUCAUGGUGAAGCAGAUCCUCUUGUUCCUUUUAUUGUUGGCUGUCUCACUGUAGAGAAACUCAAAGUUAUGCUGAAUCCCUCCAAUAUCACUUUUAAAACAUAUUCUAAAAUGCCUCACAGUGCAUGUCUCGAGGAAAUGAUGGAUAUCAAGCAGUUUAUUGAGAAGCAGCUCCCCAAAAUCAAUAAAUCUAUAAUUUAAACUUUAAUUGGCCAUUUGACAAAAUAAGUACACAAAUGAAGUUUUUACUUUCUUGUACUUAAGAAAAUAUAUUAAAAAUAUACUUAAGUCAAA